CAUAUUAUACUUUUCAUGCUAACGAUGCCAUAUUUAAAUCUUUUCAGCCCCUUCUGUACAGUUACCAAACAUGACAUUAGUAGCAUCCGAAACCACUGUUACAACAGGUGCUUCAGUGACCCUAACAUGUUCUGCAUUUGCCCAAGACGAAUUAAGCUGGCUAGGUCCAUCUCGUGUGAUCACAAACUUCAUGAAUGGGAAUGGGUGUUUUAGAUUGAGUGAAACAGACGCCCCUGAUAUAAGCCAUAUAUCAAUAACAUGUGGUUCUGGAAGUGGUGCAUUAAGCGAUUGGACAAUAAGUAUUCUAACUAUUAACAACUUCGACCCAGGGAGAGAUACAGGAUAUUGGGGAUGUUCAGAUUUUACCAAAUCUAUAGGUGAUAGUGUGUAUUUGAAUACAACAGACGCUGGAAUUAAAAAUAUUAAGAUAACAUCUUCAACUGGUUUUAUAUCUUCAACCAAUGAGCUAACUUUACUAUCCGAGGAAUCCGAUGUUUUAACUUGUACAGCCGAAUGUACUGGCAUCUGUCAAUAUAAAUGGAUGAAAGGAACUGAUUUAGUAGCAUCAACAAGUCAGCUUUCGUUAAAUAAUAUCAACUCUACUCUGGGAGGGCUGUAUACAUGUAUUGCCACUUAUAAUGGUUCGGAGCUAAAACGGUCAUUAAGAUUAUACGUUCAAGACAGAAGUUCCAUAACAAUCAAUCCACCGGGUGAUAUUAUAACAGUUAAUGAAGGAGACAAUAUAACAAUAACGUGUUCUGUUGAUAGCUACCAAUGUAAUAACAUUAAUGGUAUAACCUGUGCUGGUAACUACUACCUAUGUAGUAACAUAAAUGGUAUAACCUGUACAAAUAUAUGGGAUGCAUUCUAUAACACUGGACAAUUAAACUCAAUGGUGAUCAACAUGGCUAAUCGUACAAUGACUGGGAGAUAUAGAUGUACCCAUUUUGAAGAUGACUGGUCAUCAAAUACUCACACUGGAAUUUACAAAUCUAUACAAUUACAGGUUCAAUAUGGACCAUCACCAGUAGCAAUAACACCAUCAUCAGACCCAGUAACAAUAACAAAUGGAGAAUCUCUAAGCUUCAACUGUUCUGCUGAUUGUCAACCAGAUUGUAGUUAUACAUGGAAAUAUAACAAUGUUAUUGUCUCUAAUAUUUCUACUUAUAUCAUCAGUACCAUUCGUAACAGUCAAAGUGGCAUCUAUACCUGUACAGCAACCAACACAUUAGGAAACAUGACAAAAUCUACUAAUGUUGAAGUGAAUUAUGGACCAUCAACGGUAGAAAUAACACCGUCCUCAGACCCAGUAACAAUAACAAAUGGAGAAUCUCUAAGCUUCAACUGUUCUGCUGAUUGUCAACCAGAUUGUAGUUAUACAUGGAAAUAUAACAAUGUUAUUGUCUCUAAUAUUUCUACUUAUAUCAUCAGUACCAUUCGUAACAGUCAAAGUGGCAUCUAUACCUGUACAGCAACCAACACAAUAGGAAACAUGACAAAAUCUACUAAUGUUGAAGUGAAUUAUGGACCAUCAACGGUAGAAAUAACACCGUCCUCAGACCCAGUAACAAUAACAGAUGGAGAAUCUCUAAGCUUCAACUGUUCUGCUGAUUGUCAACCAGAUUGUAGUUAUACCUGGAAAUAUAACAAUGUUAUUGUCUCUAAUAUUGCUACUUAUAUCAUCAGUACCAUUCGUAACAGUCAAAGUGGCAUCUAUACCUGUUCAGCAACCAACACAUUAGGAAACAUGACAAAAUCUACUAAUGUUCAAGUGAAUUAUGGACCAUCAUCAGUAGUAAUAACUCCAACAUCAGAUCCAGUAACAAUAACAAAUGGAGAAUCUUUAAACCUCGUCUGUUCUUCUGAUUCUCAACCAGAUUGUAAUUAUACAUGGACUUAUAACAAUGUUAUAGUUUCAACUUCUGCUACUUAUACUAUAAACUCCAUUACUAAUAGCCAAAAUGGUGUUUAUACCUGUACAGCGUCCAACGUCAUAGGUAGUGCGAUUAAAUCUACCAACGUUGCUGUUAAUUAUGGACCAUCACCAGUUAUAAUAACACCAACUGAAGAUCCUGUAAUUGUGCAAUAUAGAGAAAAUGUUAGUCUUGUCUGUUCAUCUGAUUGUAAACCAGUUUGUAAUUAUAGAUGGGAAUAUAACAACGUGGUAGUUUCUACUAGUGCUACUUAUACUACCCCUAUCACUCAAAAUGGCACUUACAGCUGUACGGCUAGCAAUGCUAUUGGAAGUGUCACAGAUUCUUCAAAUGUUGUAGUUAAAAGUUAUAUAAAAACAGUUGUCGUCCUAUCAAAUGGCACACCAUCAACAAUGGAACCAGGUAGUUCAAUAACUAUGACGUGUGAAGCGGAUUGUAUGCCUGUACAAAGCUGUAAUUAUGUGUGGAAAGACCACCAGAACAACAUUCUCUCAGUGGGAAGGGAGACCACUCUUACUAAUGUAGCGACAUCUGACACUGGGACUUAUACUUGUAUGGCAAGUAACGACAUGUUAAAAUCGGCAUCAAUCGAGGUUGCGAUUAAACAUGCACCAGAUGUAGAACGCAUGGUUAUUCACAGAACACCCAACCUGUCCUCUUAUGACAAGGGAUCGAGUCUUACCUUAAGCUGUUCCGUGAGCUGUGUUCCCGACUGUAUAGUUCAAUGGAGCAAAGGAAUGACAGUGUUUACAACUUCAAAUGGUGUUUUGUCUUUAUCAGCUUUAGAAAUGGAUGAUGCUGGAACAUACACGUGUUCGGCUGGUAAUUCAAUGGGCGGUCCAAUCGAGAAAAUUACUGAGUUCACUGUUAAAGUAACUAUCUCUGGAACUGGAUCUGGAAGCACACCUGUCUUUUCCUGGAUGAUAACUGUGGGAUGUUUGUUAUAUGCUUUAAGAAUUUAUUGAUAUGUUAUAUUUUAAUGUUAACUUUGAGAUUUCCCGGUGUCAAUUUGGACUUCAUAACAUAGUAUUUUUUUUUUAUUUUCUUAUAUACAGCCCUUUAUAAGCACUCAUAACAAAUACUGGUAAUAGACCGGGAGCCCAGGGGGUCAACCUAGCUGAAAAGUGUACCAAUUUUCUCCUAUAUGGUAUCAAUGUAUGUAUAUCUGGUAUCAUCAGAAUGUAAGUCUGCCGGGUUUC